AUGACUUCCGCCAAAAAUCCUAGUACCAGGGACUAUUCUACAACUAGCAGUAUCAAAGGAAAAUACGAGAUUCUAGAUGGAGGAGAUAAGGAAGUUAAUGAUUUGGAGCAUGACACCGAAAGAGACCAAAAAAUCAAAAACAGGAAUAUCUUUCUAGACAGUAUUUACUCUUCAAUUCCAUCACUCCCCCCGAAGCCAGAAGCAGUAACAACCCCGGUUCGUCCAAAGCUAGCCCCUGGAAUACCUCAUUACUCCAAACCUAUUUGUUUUUCAGCCUUACUGGUUGAAAAAGAAAUGGAAAAGGCCCAAGUAAGACCUAGAACUGCUACUAGUCCAAUGAGAGUCGUCAGGGAUGAUAAAGAUUCCAGAGAUGACAAGCUGGCAGUGUCAGGUAAAAAACGCUGCGAGUCCCAACCAAUGUUAAACUCCAACGUUAGUCUUAACUGGGAUACCGCUAGGGAAAUGAAUCCAAUAACACAAGAAAGUUUACCAUCAAUGAUAGAGUCAGAAUCGUCUGGUGCUCCUUCUGAUAAAGUUUCCAACAGCGAUCAUGAUAACCUCUCUUAUAUCAACGAAAAAGCAGGAAAAAUUUUUGACGACGAAAUAGGUACUCCUCUUGAAAGGUCAAACACAGUUAUGUACAAUCCUGUUGAAAACCAGGCUUCGCCGUCGACAUCCGGUAACACGCUCUCAAGCACCGAUGGAGCUAAUAACACAUCCGAAAAAACAGGGAUCCUCAGUGAAGAGAAGUGGUUACAGAUAGAGAAUUCAUUUCUUAUAUCCCAGGCUCCCGAAUCCUUCACCCCCACUGUAUCAAGCAAGUAUAUUCCAUACUGCAAUUCUGCGAUUGUGGGUUCAAGCGCGUUGCGUUCUAGUGGCCCAGGUUCUCGGGGAGCUACUGUUAAUCCUUUCUUUUUGGAAAAUGUUGACUCUGGUAUCGCCCCUGGUCUGGCAGUAAUCAAUGAAACGAUACUUUCCGGAAAGAAAUCAGAAAAGAUGAACAAUAGGGAUUCCGCUCUGGACCUUCCGCUGCAUUCAUUUAUCCUGCCAAAGAGUUAUUACAAGAGACGGUUCUACGUUUUAAUGAUGAUUACCGGAUGCUUCAUCAUAAUCCUGUUCAUGCUUGGAUUGAUGCAACUUCGGAAUCAUAAAUCACUGCCAAUUAACUUGGAAACAGCGGUUCGAAAUUUGGAUGCUGGUGAAAAACAACUACUCUUAGAUAUGCUUCAGGGCCAAUUUAAUACCUCUAAUGCAUCUCACUCUGGUUAUGACCCAAGUACUAGCAAAACCGCCGGUCACGUCUCAAAAAAUGACUCGCUGGUUAAUAAUUAUUUUCCCCGGGGUGCCGAUAUUCCAGGGUACAACUCAGUAGCUGGGUUACCUGAAAAGUACCGAGACGACCAGGAAAUUGUUAGUUUGAUGUCCGAUAACCGACUCCAUAGCGUGUUUUAUGGUAUAGAUUACGCACCGCGAGGGGUAAUGGCACCAACCUGUGGUGCCACUCUUCGUGAGGUGAUGCUAGAUCUUGCAGUAUUGUCACGUCUUACUACGAGAAUAAGAACGUAUGGAAUGCAGUGUAACCAGGCCUCUUUGAUUUUCCAGGCCAUCGGGGAACUUAACCUUAACAUGACGCUUGCUAUGGGUAUUUGGAUCGGAGAGAACGACCGUAUUAACACUCAGCAGAUGAAUACAAUGAGGAAUAUGCUACAGAUAUAUCCUCGCCGAUACUUUGAGUCGUUGUACAUCGGAAACGAGGUUCUCUUCAGAGAGGAGAUGCCAGUAAACGGAUUGGUUAGGUACAUUAACGAAGCUAAAAACAUUGUCAAGGAAUCUGGCAGAGAAUGGGCCAAUUUACCGGUGGGUACCUCAGAAAUUGGAUCCAAAAUGAAUAAGCAGAUUAUUGAUUCCUCGGAUCAUGUGGGUGUCAACAUUCAUCCGUUCUUCGGUGGUGGUAACGUUGGGAUGGCUACUAAAUGGACUUUUGACUUUAUAGAGGAACAGGUGGAAUCGUUGCAAGCGGGAAAAGGGAAUAAGAAGCCAAUCACCAUUUCCGAGGUGGGUUGGCCAUACGGAGGUGGAUCCUAUAAGGCAGCGGUGGCAGGGCCGCGCCAAUUCCAGCAAUUCUUGGAUAGCUUUGUAUGUGAGGCACGGAGACAAAACUAUGGAUGGUACUGGUUUGAGGGUUUUGACGAACCCUGGAAAAAGGUUUUCCAUUCUCCGAAUAGCAGGAUCGAAACACAGUGGGGGAUAUUCACCCCAGAUCGGAAAAUUAAGGAGGGGAUUACCAUUCCCUGGUGUUGGUAA